UUGACAUUGACAUUUUGAGUUUGACAAAGAAUUUUGAAAGAAAACAUCGACCGCUUGUGAGAAUUUUACUUGAUUGAAUUUUAGGUUUAUUCUUACAACAGAACAUUGUUACUAAUUCAAAAAUGUGAUAUUACUAUCUAAAGAUAAUGUUGUAUCGACUUCUCCGCGGACGUUCAAAGUUCAAGUCUUAUGUUGUUUUGACUGUUAUUGUAAUUGUUUCUGUUACUGCUUAUUUAUUUCCACAAUUGAGAAUAUAUCCCAUUGCUCCAGUUACUGUUUCUCCUAAUGCGGUACAUACACGUUCAACUCGACACUUGUCCAAGUUGCUGACUGUUGUGUUCCGUCAGUUUGAUGAUUUCGAAAAUGAUGUCGCCGAUAGCGUACAAUCGUUCGUCACUGCGUUCCCAAACAUGCCUGUGGUUAUUGUGUGCGAUAGAAAGCCGUAUCCACCUUUUCCAUUUUCAGCCACGAACGAUACUCUCCGUAACGUGAAAGUAAUUUCACUGGAACUUAAACUAGAUUCAUCACCAAGAGAUCUUAAUCCUUUGACUCAUAUUCUGACGGAAUUUGUGCUGUUUGUACCCGAUUCAGUCAGGGCAUCUCGGCGGGUACUUCAGCAAGUGGCCGCCGCAGCGACAGCAUUUUCAGACCACUCUAUAGCUGUACCAGUUGCAAGUGUUCAUCUUGCAUGUCUUCAAGUUCAAUGGAAUUAUUCUGAUUGGACAUUACAAUAUUCUAAAGAUGCCGCGGGAAAACUAUGCGAUGCUGUACAUGGGCAACAUGCAUUACUAAUAAGGACAUCACUUCUUAAUACCAUGCCCCAACCAUUUGCAUUGCCUUUCCCUGAGUCACUGUAUUUGCAAACUGCUGUGAAAAAUAUUAAGGUACAAAUUUUGGAGGGCAAGUUGGGAGGAGGCCGUAGUGUGCUAAAGUCACCUGGUGCACGACAGAGAGUGUCUCGUCGUAUGCGAGACUACCGAGUAGCACUGUACAAACAGCUUGGUGUCAAAGCUGUGAUCAGGGAAGAUGGCAGAGUGCAGUGGUUUGGCUGCAAAAGGGAAACACAGAGAUGUUAUCCAUCAGUGCAAGGCACUCCAUCUUAUAUCCUCGCGGGGCGCAAUACGCCGCCGUGUUGUCGGCGCAAUAUGAAGCGCACAGCAGGACACGUGCUGCGAGCGCUGCUUCAAGCUGGGGCUCGGUGCUGGCUUGAGACUACUUCACUCUUGGGAGCCGUCGUUCAGGGCGAUUUGCUACCGUGGGCUGAGUACACAGAAAUAGGUAUCCACGCCUCGGACGUGUCCCGGGUGUCCUGGCUGCAACGCGGCGGUGCCGACGCCGACGGCUUCGUAUGGGAACGCGCGACCAAAGGCCAUUACUACCGCGUGGCAUAUUCGGCUACAAAUAGAGUGUACGUCUUGAUCCUGCCAUUCGCCGCUAGAAAUGGCACAAUGUGGCCUGCCGACUGGGUGCUGGCACAUCAGAGGGAAUUCCCUGAACGCCAUCUGCAUCCGCUGGCACAGAUAUCCUUUGCAGGGCGGCAAGCCCCGGCACCCAACGACGCACGCGCAUUUCUAGAUCUCAAACUAGGCGCAGGCGCAGUCGAGAGAUGCGUCAAAAUAGGCCCAAAAUUACUCUACAAUUAGUAAAUAUACUCUUCUAGCAUUCUUUGAGCACAGCAAUAUUAAACACACUUUUCGGUAUCAGUUUUUCUAACGGACUUUUACACAAUUUGUAUUGAAUUAUAGAUCUUAUGAGACAAAAUUUCACAUAGUUUUACGUAUUUUUAUUGGAUUUUUACUUUGGUGAAAUCGUUUUAAAGCAAUUUUAAAUAAAAUUCUUCGAAUAUUGUAUUAGAAAGUAUUGCAGAAGAUAUUUUAAUGAAAAUUUACUAUAAAACAUUGAAGGUUGAACCUAACAUAAAUUUUCUUUAAAUUGGUAGAAUAAUCAAUCUCAUUUGAAUCAGGUAGGAUUUAUUUUAGGUCGACAAUUUAGACGUAAUGUUGGUACGUCACAUGGCAUUUGUAAUUUAACAAUUAGGUACAACAAUAUCGGCUUGAUAACAGUUUGUUCAUUGUUUCCAUUCCCCGAUAGAGCCUGAUAAAAAUCAGAUAUUCCAUAAUUAGGUAUUAAACUUAUAUUUGGAUUUUAGACACAAAAUGAGAUCGGGACGAUCGAAUGGGUAGUCAUAUAGUAGGUAAAUACAGUAACCUAUGUUGUAGAAAAUAUAAGUACGUAAGUUAAGUACGUUCUAUUUAUUGUAAAGAUGAGAUUGAUUCUAUCUAAUAGUGUUGACUUGCCUUAAUUAGAGAACUGUUUAGGAUCUAUUUUUAAAUAUUAUUUCGUGUUAUUGUAUGUAAAGGCUACUUGAUACUAUCUAGAGCACCUCAGUUUUAAAUUUAAAAUUAUGCUUUCACUGUACGACGAAUAUAUAGUCAGCCGUUGUACUUUGUGCCAUAUUGUAUUUAUUGUUUGAUAAACAUAGUGUUGCUAUUGUUUUAAAAUGUUAGGCGCUAAAUAAACGGUAUUUAAAAGUUAUCGCAAGCGCGCUCUAUAAACAGCGGUAUUGAAAACAACGUCGUUGUCUGUAAACCAUCAUUGCUUUUUGCUUAUUAAAAAUCCAUUGCUUUUUAUUUAAUUGAGCUUUUUUCGGUUUACAGAGUGCCAUGUGUUAUUUGAAAUCAUUGGGAUGUCGCAGAAAGGUUGCAGAUUUAGGCAUAUUAUAUUCCGGCCAGAAAUAUUUCAUAUUAAAUGUAAACAUAGUUUUUUUUUAUUAAAACAAACAUAUGAAAGCGCGUAAAAAGUACUAUUACACUAAUUAUUUUAUUAUUAUUUUGUUAAGUAUAGUCAGGUCACUUACUAAAUUGUAAAUCAUAUGUGAAUUUAGUAGAAUGUUGGCCGCCGUAUUGACAAGUGACAAUUCGACUAAUUGACGUCCAGCUAUAAUAUAAAAUGACUAUCUCUAAACAACUACCUGAUGUGUAGUUAAUACUGCUAAAUUUACAGUUUGCCUGCGAUAAAUGUUGAGAAAGUACAGUGUAGACUGUACACAUGCUGAUCAACACAAAAUUAAUGUUGACAGCGCCUUUGUUACGUAGCAAUAAGUCAGAUAUUCGUAGUGCUAGUGUAUACACUCGUAAUUCGUACCUCGACUGUACUUAAAGAAAUGAAAAUCCCACGUAAAGUGAGUUUACGUGAGUAUUUGUUGUAAUAAAAUAAUUAAAAAUUAUGAUGAAAAUAAUGUUAUUAACAUUGUAAGAGAUAUAUUUUUGAAGCUUAUAAUUUAAAAUAUUGUUGUUCAUGCUAAUUUUAAUAGAUGAGUGCAAGCCGGCUAUGCGUGCUUAAAAAGAACUCUUUCAUUUCUUUUUUUUCAAAGUUUAUUUAUGGUCGUGUUGUGUAACAGUUGAGUAAGAAAACACAACUUUAAAUGGCAUUUGAUUUAUUUGGCGUCCUUGAGUAUGGCUGUCAAACUGAAUGUAUUAAAUUUAUAGAAGAAUUUAGAUUUUCGGAAAGCGGAUAAAAUAAGUAGGUAAAUAUUUUAGCAUUUGGGGCCUAGGAAUACAUUUUUUUAAUCUUCCUUAGAAGAUAAUAUAAUUCAACAAUAUAUAAAGCGCAGAUUUUAUAGAUUUUCAUUGAAUUUCGUACAAUUUCACAUUUAGGUAAAGGUGUUAUUCUUGACGGCCCCAGUAUAGAUUAUUAACUCAAUUUUUCUAGUCAAUGAAAUGAACUUUUGGAGAUAUCAAAGUGAUCUAGUCGUAAGUGUAUGAAAGCACCUCUAAAUAGUGUGCGUAUAUAAGCCGCUUAUAAAGUGGCCAGUUUUGUGUUAUAAAACUAUAUGGAGAUAUGUCAUUCUAAAUAAUGUCCUGUUUUUUUGAUAGCUUUACUAGUUUUAUUAAAAAUGAUAUACUAAUGUACAUUCAAUGUGUUUUAUUUUAAGUAACAUUAAAUAAGAAAUCAAUAAAAAAUAUACAAUUUAUUAAUCGUCUUCAAACUUUUCAUCUACUACUCCUGGUGUGAAAGG